CUUCAUUGUGCCAUGGGCUUGGCAGCACCCAUCCUGUUGCCCCUUGCACUGGCUCUUGCUGCGUCUUCCUCUCCCUCCCUCCCUCCCCCCUUCCCUUCUCUCUCUCCUGCUCCCUCCUCUGACCUCAUGUCCUCUGCUCCGGUGAGGAGCCAGAUCAAUCGUCUCUUCGUCUCCCAGCUACGCUUUAUACAGAACCAACCUUGUACCAUGGCGCCGAUGAACUCACUUUCUUCUAUUGUACAUAGCCCUGCUUUGAACUUCAUCCCAUCCUUCUCUUGUUCAAAGUUACAGAAGUCCUCCUACCUGAGCUCAGGACUUUCCCCGCCCUUCCGGAGCAUGCACUCGCACACCCGCUAUCUGCCGACGUCCACCAAGAUUUGUAUUUGCGGGCGCACACUGAGGAUAGCGAAGAUCGAGCCGUUCAGCUCAUGUUUUGGCGUUCAGCUUCAGCCAUGUCAAGCAAGUCCUUGCGUGCAGUUCAAGAUGACGAGGAGGACUUCUCUGGCCCGUCUCAAGGCUGCGUUAGAGGGCAACCCGCCUUCGUCGGCUGUGGUGGAGGAGCAGGUCGCACAUGGGUUCAACCUCAACAGCUCUGCAACCCUGCUCGGUGGGACGGGGUCGGAAACUGUUGGAAUAGGAUUGGAGGACUCGCUCAAUGGUGGUACUGGCGGUCGCAGCCGUGGCGGCGGGGGCGGAGGGGGCGGCGGCGAUGGAGGAGGGAAGGAAGGAGGAGAUCGUCAGUUUGAUGGGAGUUUUGACAGCUUCGAGGCAGCAGCUGUUGUGCUGAAGAGGAUGAAGAAAGAGAACUUCAACGAGUGGUUCAACAGGAUGCUCAGGGACUAUCCGAUCAGGACCAAGAGCAUAGUCACCGGCAUCGCCUACGGCCUUGCGGACAUUGCUGCCCAGCUGUACGAGCUCUUCCUUCAGCUCGUAGACGGCAGCGAGGGAGAGGGCAAAGUCCUGCUGCAGGAGUCAGCAAAGAGAUGCAUCGGUCUCGUCCUCGUCGGGAUCCUCUGGGUGGGCCCCUGCCUCUCAGUAUGGUUCAACGUGCUGGAGAAAGUCUUCCCCGGCAAGAGCCUUGGGGUGACGAUGAAGAGGGCAGUGGCAGACCAGAUCUUCGGAGCCCCCUUCUUCAUCAUGUCCAUCUUCGCUCUCACUUCCUUCUGGGAGGGUCAGAGCAUGCAGCAGGUGCAGGAGAAGCUGCAGGAGCGGCUGGUGAGCACAUUCAUAGUGGGCGUGUGGGUAUGGUUCCCUUUCCAGGUCGUCAACCAGGGGAUGGUUCCCCUGCAGUAUCGUGUUGUGGCGCAAAACGUUGUUAACUUCUUCUGGGAUGCUUUUCUCUCCAUCACCAAUCAUGCUCCCAGCAACAGGGAAGGAGGGGAGGAGGGGGAGGCAGCAGCAAGGAGGAUCGUGAGAGCGUGAAUGAAAGAGUAAUUGGUUGCGG